AUGGCAACAAAAAGGCAAGCGACAGAUGAGCCAGGAGGCUCAGACCCUCCAGACAAGAAACUACCUCGAUUUGAUCCUGCUCAGCUGGGGAACAUAUCAUCUCUAGAAGAGCUCGAUGUCAAAGUGCUGGCAUUCCAGAAUAAAAAGCUGUGUGAGAGAAUCGAUCAGCGACGUCUAGCUGAGGAAGAAUUACAAAGACGUAUAGAGCAGUUGGAGAACAGACAACGGCAUGAUGAUGCCAUGUUGGUGAUAGUCAACCGCUACUGGAACCAGCUUGAUGAAGAUGUCAGAGUCCUUUUGCAAAGGUUUGAUGCUGAAACAGCUGAUGACUCAGAGAGUGAAAGCCCAGAAACUACAGCAUUCCUCACACUUUUAUCAACGUGGGACAAACAAGAAAUUGAGCAAAAGUUGGGCCAACGUGUAGAAUUUUCGAAACGUGCUAUUGGGAAAUUAUUACAAGCAUUUGAUCGUCUCUUACAACGUAAUGAUCGGCUACAACAAGUUCUGAGAGAUCAAAUCCUUUCUUCUGAGUCAGAAAACAUUAAUGAUGAUAAGUCAGCAGCAACUAGCAAUCAGAAUGGCAGUGAUGAUAUUAAAAAGGAAAAAACAGAUGAUGAUUCUGGUUGUGGUGAUGGUAUUGAUAUCAAAAAAGAGUACCUGGAACAUAAUAUUAAAAAAGAACCUUCAGAUGAUAGCCCCACUGGUUUGCUAGAUGCUACUGGGGUUGGUAAUGAGGAGGAUAUUAAAAAACUUCAUCUUGAUGGAGUUGAUAUGAAAUUGGGUACUGGAAAUAGUGCUACACUGGCUGAUCUAGUACGAGAUGACUUGGCUGAUACACUACAGCAAAACAAAAAAUUACAUCAGCUUAUAACUCAGUUGCAUCAACGUGAUCAUGAGAAUAGCUUAAAGGUAUCAGAAUUGCAAGACAAGGUAACAGCAGCUGAGACUGAAAUAGCUGAAUUACGUAAUAAAGUGGAUGAUCUUGAAUAUGAUUAUGACAAAGCUGAUCAGCGAGCACGUAAAUUAGACAAACGACUUGCAGAUUGUUUACAAAAACUGCGUAGCUAUGAAGAAGAUCCAGUUGUCCAUGAGGGUGGCCGCACCAUUUCAGGUGUUUCUAAAAACAAGUUUGAUGAGAUCAAUGCUGAGUUGGAAGAACAAAAGGAAUUUGCCACAACACGUCUGAAUGAAUUAGAAAAAGCUAAGCAAAGAUCACCAAGAAGCUUUAAAAGAAAUAGAACAACUACGUAUGGAUUUGCAACAUCUUCCAGAACAUGUUAUAAUGGAAAGUACAUGCAGCUCAAGACACAGCAUGAAGAAACACGAAGCCUGUUGCAAAAUAGUAAAAAUGCACAUCUGCGGCAUAUAGAACAGAUGGAGAGUGAUGAAUUAACAUGUCAGAAGAAGCUACGUACAGAAUUAAUACAAUUGGAAGAUACAUUAGCUCAAGUUCGAAAGGAAUAUGAAAUGUUGAGGAUUGAAUUUGAACAAACAUUAGCUGCAAAUGAACAGACUGGUCCCAUUCACCGAGAAAUGCGGCAUUUGAUACAAAGUUUACAAAAUCAUAACCAACAACUGAAAGGAGAAGCAGCAAGAUACAAGCGGCGACUUAAAGAAGCUAAUAAUGAAUUAAAUAAGCUCAAAUCUGAUGGUGUUUCUCAAGAUGCAAACAAAGAAGAAUCUUCAGCAACAGUCUCAGCUAAUGCUUCUGAUACUGUGUAUAUUGCACCCAAACAAGAGUGUGAACCAAUUAUAGUAAAGAAAAUAGAAGAAGAAGAUAAAGAUGUAGAAAGUAGAGAUAAAGGCAGGUCUGAAUCAGACACUAUUAAAGAUCUACGAGCACAAUUAAAAAAAAAUCAAGACAGUCAAAAAGACAUAAAGCUGUUACUAGAUAUGUACAAGAGUUUAUCAAAAGAGAACAGAGAUAAAGUUCAGUUGAUGUCUGCAGAAAAGAAGGCACGUCAAGAAGUAGAAGAUCUUAAAUUUCAUAUUCGCAAAAUGCAAGAAACGGAACGCAAAGAACGACGAAAAUUAGCCGAUGAAGAUGCAAUACGAAAAAUUAAAAAAUUAGAAGAAACGAUAACAGAACUGCAGAAAAAUUUGGCAUCCCAAAAACAGCGGGAAGAAGCUCUUUUAAGUGAAAUGGAUGUCACGGGUCAAGCAUUUGAAGACAUGCAAGAACAAAAUAUGAGAUUAUUACAACAGUUAAAAGAAAAAGAUGAUGCCAAUUUCAAAUUAAUGUCAGAGAGAAUAAAAUCUAAUCAAAUUCAUAAACUUUUGCGAGAAGAGAAAGAAAGUUCUGCAGAGCAAGUGAGUACUCUUCACAGCCAGGUAGAGGCUCAGAAUCAAGUUGUUCGCAAAUUGGAAGAAAAGGAACGCCUAUUACAAAAUAAUUUAGCUACAGUGGAAAAAGAACUCAGCCUGCGGCAACAAGCAAUGGAAAUGCAUAAACGAAAGGCUGUGGAGAGUGCACAGGCAGCUGCAGAUCUAAAACUCCGUUUAGACAAGUAUCAAUCACAAUUAAAAGAGGCUCAAGUAGCUGUUGCUGAAAAAACUGCUGCCUUGGAGAAAGAAUCUUUUAAAUUCAAAAGAAUGCAGGAAGAAAUUGCUAGUUUACGAAGAAAGUUAGAACGUUCUAAAAAGAUAGAAAUGGCAGGAGCAGCAGAUGAAGUUCUUAUGGAAGAAAUCAAAGAAUACAAGGAGCAACUAACCUGUCCGUCUUGCAAAGUAAAACGAAAAGAUGCAGUACUGACAAAGUGUUUCCACGUUUUCUGCUUAGAAUGUCUUAAGACUCGCUAUGAAACACGUCAGCGUAAAUGUCCCAAAUGUAAUGCUGGUUUUGGCGCAAAUGACUACCACAGAUUAUAUUUAACAUAA